UGCGUUGGUAUGGGCUCAAUGCAGCAACACUGAGGUCAUUCCUGGGUUUAUAUGUCGCUCCAAGCGUUCAAAUAACAUCCCAACCGGGUCAUUUCGUAGGAUUUAAUUCGUAAUAACCCAAAUGACCACAUACAUAUAAAUAUAUCCGUUUGAACGUCAGCAGAGGACGCUUUAAGAGGCUUCAUCCCAGUUUGUCAGGGAGAAAGGAGGAGGACAAACCUACGGGACACACAAAACGACAUGGCAGGUUUUGGAGAAGUGGACUUUCCAGUGAAUGCUCCCUCCAAGCUGAAAGAGGAAGCAGGAGAAGGCUCCACCACUACCUCCACCCCAGAAUGUGCCAUCUGCCUGCAGAGCUGCGUCCAUCCCGUUUGCCUGCCCUGCUCCCACGUCUUCUGCUUCCUGUGUGUGAAAGGAGCCUCCUGGCACAGCAAGCGCUGUGCUCUCUGCCGACAGGAAAUCCCUGAGGACUUCCUGGAGCGACCCGUUCUGCUUUCUCCGGAAGAACUUAAAGCUGCAGCAGCGGGACUGAGCCAAAGUGGGACAGAGUCUCAUGGAGACUACGCUUGGUACUACGAAGGACGCAAUGGCUGGUGGCAGUAUGAUGAGAGGACCAGUAGAGAACUGGAGGAUGCCUUUGUGAAAGGCAGGAAGAGCACAGAGAUGCUAAUCGCAGGGUUUCUUUAUGUGGCAGACUUGGAUAACAUGGUGCAGUAUCGCAGGAAUGAGCAUGGCCGCAGGCGCAAGAUAAAGAGGGACGGUGUGGACAUCCCUAAGAAAGGUGUGGCUGGGUUGAGGUUAGAGCCUGAACCUGUUCCCACACCCGCUGUAGCAGCUGCUGCGCCAGAGCGGGUAAGCUCAGCUGAUGGUUCAGACUCCUCAGGUCAGUCUCAGUCCUCAUCAUUCGGGAUCAUGGUGUCUGUUCCCCCCGUCAGACCUCAAACACUCCUUGGUCGUCAUCUCAACAGUCCUCUCACUCCGUCACCUUCUACCCUGGAACAGUCUUUAUCUCAGCUUUUAAUCAGCCAGCCAGAGGAGGAGGAGGAGGUCGACGGAGAGGAUGAGCUGCAGGUGUACGAGUCUGCAUCUGGAAGCAGUGAGAGCGAAGAAGAGGAGUCUGACCAAAGAAGAGGAGAAUCAACACAAACUAGACUCAGACAAAGGCCACUCAGAGACAAUCAGCCAACCAGGAUUCCACCGAGAGGCCAACCUUCCAGCUCUGCUCAGAGUCUUCGCUCUCGCAGUCCUGAUGGACAGUGUACUGUGACAGAGGUCUAACGGGACUUCUGGGGCUUUCAUCAGUUCAGCAAAAAAGUUUAAACACCGGUUAUGCAUUUAAAGGCCCCGUGAAAGGAGUGAUACUUGUGUGUUGUGACAUUUAUCUACUCUGAUGUGCCAAAUGCUUUUUUUUUUAAUGUAACACCAGAAUCAAAGAUUUUAGCUCAACGUACAGAUGGAUCAAAAGGUUGUGACUUUUCUUUGGUUUCUGCUCUUCUAACGUGGAUGUCUGGGAUGUUCAGAAGUAAACUCUCACCUUUGCUGUCCUCCCAACUGAGUUUGUUUUUCAUUUAGAUCAGAAUAACAUAAAAUGACAGCGCUGAAGUGAUUCAAGGACUUGAACGUGGCUGUUUUUCCUCGCAAGACAAAACAAGUUGAGCCAGAAACAUGUUUGACAAUGAGGUUAUUUAUCUUUCUGCUUAAGUUCGGUGCAAUCUGAUUACAGACACUAAAAAAUAUCGUAUAAACGUGUAAGCGAACAGCUGGGUUAAUAACGCUUAAAGGGGCAGUAUGUCAUUUUUGGCAACGGUUCUCUUAAGUUUAGCCCUCUAUGUAGUCCAUUUAAUUUUUUGUACCCACCUUUUAUUUUCUGUUUAAUUUUUCAUAAAUCAUAAAGUUAUCUAAAAAUCUCAACAAAAGCAGCAUUGUUCAUGGCUCUAUAAAUGAGUGAGGCAGCAACAGAUCUUGUGCUUUAAAGGCUUAAAUUCAUGACUUCACUAUGAGUCGGUAAGAAUGUAAAUAACUGCUUUAAAAGGAUUUAUUGAUUUUCUCUUUAACACUUUCAUUUGUCAUCUUUAACCUCCUUUUUGAUCAAAGGAGAAAAAUCCUGAAUGUAGCACCUUAAACUGAGAAGGUAAGUUGCUGAUUAAUAUUAUUUAAGGCAAAUCAGAAUGUAUUUAGAAUAAACUGGUGUGUAUUUAUGCGUACAAGAGCCGAGGGACCUUGUUUCCCCCUUUUAGUGUGCUAGCCUCGUUUUAAUCAUGAAAACGUUUGUGCUGUUGUGAACAACGCUGGGUACUGAAAGCUACUGGCAGAUCCACUGGAAAGUAUUUGUUUAUAUGUGCAGGGAGAUUUGGACUUCUAUAUUUUGAAAGAGUACUCUUCACGGGACCACUAUCAAAGCAGCGGCAUUGACAUGGACUUGGAUGAGCCCCGGUUGUUCUGUUCCCUUUUGUUCUCCAUCUGCUAUCGUUUUUACUGUCACUUUUUGUAGUUUUUCUUUUCUUUAUUGGGAAUAACGUUUUUUCUUUUGUGGUGUUGAGCUAUUAAAGUCUUAUCAAUGAUUAAAAAUUACAUGGUUAUUAUUCUCUAA